AUGCAGGCGCUCAAACAUGGUGCCUCAUCGGCGCUCCGGCAAACACAACGACGGUCGUAUUCGGCCGCGAGCUCUCCCUAUGCUUCGACCGCGAAGAACCUCAUGAUUGGCGCAGACACGAAGCUCCUCGUCCAAGGCUUCACUGGCAAGCAAGGCACAUUCCAUGCGCAGGGUGCGAUCGACUAUGGCACGAACGUUGUCGGUGGCACAAACCCCAAGAAGGCCGGCACGACACAUCUCGACCGACCGGUGUUCGCUACGGUUGCAGACGGCAUAAAAGAGACGGGUGCAAAUGCAUCGGUCAUCUUUGUGCCACCGCCGUUGGCUGCGAAGAGUAUUGAGGAGGCGGUCGAGGCGGAGAUGCCGCUCGUGGUGUGCAUCACCGAGGGCAUCCCGCAGCACGAUAUGGUUCGAGUAACAAACAUUCUCAAGACCCAGAGCAAGACCCGCCUCGUCGGUCCCAACUGCCCCGGCCUCAUUCGCUCCGGCAUCUGCAAGAUCGGUAUCAUGCCCGGCUUCAUCCACAAGCAAGGCCGCGUCGGGAUCGUCUCCCGCUCCGGCACCCUGACCUACGAAGCUGUUAACCAGACCUCCCAGAUCGGCCUUGGCCAAUCCCUCGUCGUCGGCAUUGGCGGCGAUCCCUUCUCUGGCACUAACUUCAUCGAUUGUCUGCGUGUCUUUCUGGAAGACGACUCGACCGAGGGUAUCGUCAUGAUCGGCGAGAUUGGUGGCUCGGCGGAAGAGGAUGCUGCGGAAUUCUUGAAGAGUGAGAAUAAGAAGAACAAGCCGGCUGUCGCAUUUAUUGCGGGCAUCUCGGCACCGCCCGGACGGAGGAUGGGUCACGCAGGUGCGAUCGUGUCUGGAGGGAAAGGAGGAGCGGAUAGCAAGAUUGCUGCGCUGGAGGGCGCCGGUGUCAAGGUCGAGAGAAGUCCAGCGGCGCUGGGAAAGAGUUUGUAUGAUCAAUUCGUGGCGAAGGACUUGAUAUGA